UGAUUUCCACUGACAAUGCUCAAGUGUCAGGGCUUCUCGAUGUUCAUGCCACAUUUUUUUAGGUUAGCAUUAAGCCCAUUUUAAAUCUCUUUUAUUGUCCACUGACAUUCCAUUUUCCAGUCUUAAGUUGAGAAUAAAGUAGCUGCUUUGCGAGAUGGUGAUCGGACAUUCAGACAAUGUAGCCAGUCCAGUGAAGCUGGCAUCAAAGAGUUACAAUUAUAUGCUAUAAUUUUGUACUAUAAUUAUGUGAUGUGAAUGCACCCUUAGAGGCAGUACAGAACAGGUGUAUUCCUGUUCCAGCAAUGUUUUCUGGUAAUUGUAGCAGCUUUUCAUGGUUAGGGGGAGGAGGGAUUAGUACUUUGAAAACAGGGAAAAUGCUAAAUAAGUAAGAUUUGUGUAUGCAUAAAAAGCAAUGCCUUUUGCUUCCUGUAUUAUAGUGAAAGAUGCUCUCUCUCACACACCUGCAUGCCUAGAAGCUGGAUUGAUCAAUGAUGGCUCUUACUUGUACAAUGGCUACAGGCUAGUUUAAGAUACACAGGACAGAAGGAUUGGCAAAUAUAGCAGAUCCUUGGUAUUCAUUGCAGUUUAGCUUCAAAAUCCACCAUGAAUACUAACAUCCAUGAAUGCUCGGGUCCCAUUAUAUACAAUGACAUAAUACAAUGAUGUCUCCUAUAUAAAAUUGCAAAAUCAAGCUUUACUUUUUGGAUUUAAAAUAUAUUUUAAAGCUGUGUACAGUUGAAUAUGUGAAUGCAUAACUCAUGGGUAUCGAGGGUCAACUAUAUUUCUGUUUGCCCCUUCCCUGCUCCAUGAAGCAGCUCAGUGAUCUGACUCCCACUGUCCAAUUACUAUUUCACUAAUUGUCUGGAACACAUAUAUUUAGGGAAAUGUGAUACUUUCAUAACUAUUCCAAAAUAUAUUAAGAAUUGUCUGGUAUUACAUCCUCUUUAAUAAAGGCCAGAAUUAUCCCCCAGGCAAAAAACCUCAACACUGAGAACAGUCCAAUCCUAUUGCCUCUGGUCUUCAUUAUAAAUUUAAUGAUUAAAAGCUUCAGCUCAAAAGAAAGCCAAUAAAAUCCAUGGUCCAAGUAUGAACACAAAGAUUCCCCUUUCCCAUCCCCACCAGAACUACUAUUACAUGAAAAAAGCAAGAUUGACCUACUUAGGGUUUUAAAAAAACCAAAAAACUUCUCCAAUAUGCUUAAGAGGAAUCUUGGUUUGCCUCAUUGAGCUACGCACAUUGAAUGAAUCCCGUGCAUGUGAGAUAGUGAGUGUGCACAACCAAUCUGCCCUUUGCCAGGAAGCAAGGUCAAAGGGGGUUGCUACCUCAAAAGUGUUUCCUUUUAUCCACAUGGCAAGAUUAAUUACCUCCUUCUACCAAUCAAAACAGCAAAACACAAGCCAGCCACAUAAAGUUUUGCUAUAAAAGCCCACUGGACCUGGCUACUUGUUUCAUACAAGAAGAAAACACAGAUCACGAGGGAAGUUUUCUUACCAAAAUCAGCCAUAUAAUGCAGUUGUGCUGGGUCUUUGCAGUAGUUACCAGCUGCUUCUUGUCAUUUUCCAGUGAUGCUUUCCAAAGAAUUCCACUCAAGAAAAUGCCCUCCAUACGAGAAACUCUCCAGAAGAUGGGCAUAAAAGUGGCAGACUUCUUCCCUUCCUUGAAGCAUGGUAUAUACUUUCUAAAUGAUGGUUUUUACAAUGGAACAGCUCCUACCAUCCUCACAAACUACCUGGAUAUGCAGUAUUAUGGCGAAAUCAGUAUUGGCACACCAGCGCAGAUCUUCAAAGUAGUCUUUGACACAGGGUCAGCCAAUCUUUGGGUGCCAUCCCAACAGUGUUCCCCAUUGUACAGUGCUUGUGUUUCACACAACCGCUAUGACUCUUCCAGAUCAAGUACAUAUAAGCCGAAUGGAACAGAGAUUGCAAUACAAUAUGGCCAAGGAUAUGUUAAAGGUUUUCUUAGCCAAGACAUUGUCAGAGUGGCUGAUAUUCCUGUUGUUCAGUUGUUUGCAGAAGCUAUAGCACUGCCCAACAAACCUUUCAUCUAUGCCAGAUUUGAUGGGGUACUUGGUAUGGGGUAUCCGAGUCAAGCUAUUGAUGGAGUUAUCCCAGUGUUUGAUAAGAUAAUAUCUGAAAGAGUCUUAUCAGAAGAAGUUUUCUCUGUCUACUAUAGCAGAAACUCUGAGAUGAAUACUGGGGGAGAGAUUAUCCUGGGAGGCAGCGACCCAUCUUACUACACUGGGGACUUCCACUAUGUCAGCAUUAGCACACCAGGCUAUUGGCACAUUGAUCUUAAAGGGGUGUCUCUGGGCAGUGAGAUGCUUUUCUGUCAUGAAGGUUGCACAGCAGCAGUAGAUACUGGAUCCUCCUUUAUUACUGGCCCAGCUAGUGCUGUGUCCAUAUUGAUGAAAUCCAUUGGAGCUACUUUACUCGAAGAAAGAGAUUAUGUUGUUGAAUGCAAGAAAAUCCAUUUGCUGCCUGAUAUUUCCUUCCAUCUUGGAGACAGAUCCUACACACUCAGUGGCUAUGCUUAUGUCCUCCAGUAUUCUGAUUAUGGGAAAGAGCUUUGUGCUGUGGCGUUCUCAGCUUUCGACAUUCCUCCUCCUCUGGGCCCCAUCUGGAUUCUGGGUGCUACCUUCAUUGGGCAGUACUACACGGAAUUUGACCGGCAGAACAACCGGAUUGGCUUCGCCAGAUCUCUUUGACACCAGGAGUCUACUGUUUUGAAAGUUGCUUUUUAUGAGAGACUGCUUACACUGUGAAAAAGAAAUGGCUUAAUAAUAUAUUAUUUUCAAAAGCACAAAAAAACUUGUGCCAGUAUGGUCUGCAAAAUGCUUAUUAUUCUGUUUUACAACCAAAAACUAUAACAUUCUGAAUCAUAUAAUCCUUGGGUUUCACUCUUGUCCUCACUGUCCACUAAAGUCAGAUAGGUGAAAUCUUGUGUCUUCACUCUUAAAAACAGGAUGACUAUGAUCUUUUGAUUUUAUACUGUGGCCUGUAAAGAGAGGAUUCAUUGAUGAUUUGCCCUUUGUACUCAGGGGAAGUGAUUAGAAUGUGGGCACAAAAUGUUGUUUCUGUUGUUGUGUUCCUUCAUGUAGUUUUUGACCUAUGGCAACCCUGAAGUGAACCUUGGCAAGCUUAAAGGCAGAUCCCAUUAAAAGUGGAUAUAUGCAAUCAUGGAAGCCACAGUCCAGAGUUUCCAAGACCUGGGUAGGGCUGUUUAUAUCAGAGAAACUUGGAGAUCUCUCUUUCCAUAGGGAUGCCAUAAAUCAAAGUCAACUUGUUAGCAGUUAAGAAAAGGGUGACUAUCACUGGGUUUUCUUGCCAAGAUUUAUUUAUAGGAAGUUUAUAUCUGCCUUACUCUGAGGCUGAGAGAGCAUGAAUUGCCCAAGGUUACCCAGUGGACGUGAGUGCAGAUUUAAACUCUGGUGCACAGAGUCCUAGUCCAAUGCUCAAUCAAUUGCAAUACACGGGGUCUCUCAGUACAAGAGGACUUACUUAACAGCUCAUCUCCCAUUAGAUGUUGAUUUGAUGUAAGAAACGGAGAGAAGGCAGCUUUGAAAAAUUGAAAGAUUAUAUCCAUUAGGCACUUGAAUAAUUUUAAAUCAAGUUUCCUCUCUCCUAAUCAUCUAGGGGUCCUUCCACACAGCCAUAUAACCCAGAAUAUCAAGGCAGAAAAUCCCACAAUAUCUGCUUUGACCUGGGAUAUCUGAGUCUACACUGCCAUAUAUUCCAGCUCAAAGCAGAUAAUGUGGGACUUUAUUCAGCUGUGUGGAAGGGGCCCAGGUCUCUCCUGGAGUUUAACUGAUAUUUUUGUCUACAGAUGCUCCAACACUCCCUUUUCCAGAGUCCAUUGAAUGUGAGACUUGCUCCCAAAGCAAUAAAAGAUUAUGCAAAGGCCUUGUAUAACA